AUGACUUUAGUGAAAAAUUCUGUUAAGGAUGCCGUUUCCGUGAACGCUGCAGUGGCCGGAGAUUUCCGAGAUCGGACAACGAUGACGACGUUGAAGGUUUUGAAAGAGAUCGAAACGGAUCAGGAAAGUAACGCAUCGUCCUCGGAAGAUAUGGAGUUUUACUCUCCGAAGUCGGUUGUCGCGAAGAAGUGGCCGGUGACGACGAAGGAGGUUAAUGUUUCCCGCGCUCGCGUUCAUGAUCCGAUUGUGAGGAUUAGAACAGAGGAUUCGCAGAUCGGAGAAGAUAUUGGCGAAUGCCGGCUUCGCCUCUCAGCGGGAAGACAUCGUCGCCGUCGAUCAAAAUCGAGCACUGAAUCCGCCGCAUGUGAAGAUAUGCGAGCAGGAAGCUAGGGAGACACCAUGAAAUAGAGAGUUUUAGAUUUUCUUCAUUAGUUCGCGAAAUAAAGUAUGUAGAGAGUGCAGAGCAGGUUUUUUCUUGUACAGUGAAAACUCAGAAAGUAUAUAAAGAGCCCUCUCUCUUUGAUAUAAUCAUCAGUUCCUUUUUGUUUCUCAA